AUUUAUAUUCUGGUAUGCUGCUGCUGUGUGUAUGUAUAUGUGUUAGAUAAAUCUGAGCACAAGACAUUAAGAAUUCAGUAGGAAGAAGCAAAUCUAAUCUGAGCAUUUUCUCUAAGGAAAAUUCCAGUUUAAGAAGGGCCGGAAUAGCUCAGGCUGUUAGAGCCUGUUAUUAGAACACAGUAGCCUGCAAUUACUGCAGGUUCAAGCCCGGCCCAAGGUUGACUCAGCCUUCCAUCCUUUAUAAGGUAGGUAAAAUGAGGACCCAGAUUGUUGGGGGGGCAAUAAGUUGACUUUGUAAAAAUAUACAAAUAGAAUGAGACUAUUGCCUUAUACACUAUAAGCCGCCCUGAGUCUUCGGAGAAGGGCGGGAUAUAAAUGUAAACAAAAAUAAUAAUAAAUUCAUUUCCAGGGACCAAACUCUUCUUUAGAGGAAACGUUUCAAAAGCUUGCAGUCUUAACAAUGAAUUUGAAAAUCCAACAAGAAGGGACAAAGGCUUUUAGAAAGAACGUAGUCUAAAAGAAGAGGACUGACACAGGUCCAAAGAGAAAAACUACGUGGGAUAAUCCCUGCUUAUUGCCCCCAUUCAGUGGACAAGCAAGUUGAGGAUUUAAUUCAGGGGUCUCCAACCUUGGCAACUUUAAGACUUGUGGACUUCAACUCCCAGAAUUCCUCAGCCAGCUUUGAGUUGAAGUUCACAAGUUUUAAAGUUGCCAAGGUUGGAGACCCCUAAUUUAAGUCAUGCAUUAAGUCCAUGAAAGAACACUAUGAAUUCGCUAAUAUUAACUUUGGAUCCUUCGGGAGUACGUUCCUAAAAGUUACUGAAAGAAUCUUUUUUCUCAUCGCCUCUCCAACUUCGAACCGGCGAUCCUUUUACAGAAAACGAGUCCGUCCGGCAUGUUUUAUAACCCGUUCCGGCUUUUGCAGCUGCCUCGCUUGUUUCCAGGGUUGCUAAGCGACACCAAAUCGUUUCAAGGGUUGCUAAGCGACGCAAGGCGUUCCAAAGGUUGCUAAGCGACAGACAGCAGCGGCAGCGGCGGCUCGAGCUCUUCUACGGCGGCUCAACGGCCGGGUGGCGAGACGAGAGUGGCGGGAGUCGCGAGCUCGAAGUAAGCCGCGUCAGGGCCUCCAUCCAGGCCUUUAGUAGCAGUUUCGCAGCGUUGACAAGCAAAAAAGUGAAUAAUUCGCCUUAGUGUACCUUGAAAACAGGACGGGUCCGUCGGAAGUAACUCUCUGAGAAGCUACGCGCCUUUGACUACAACUUGUAAAACCCUUUCAAGGUAACAGAUGAAAUCCCUAUACCUGUAAUAGAUAUCUUGUGUGGCUGUUUAGAAUAUAAAACUGUAUUGGAUGUGGUAGUCGAUGCAUUUUAUAUCCGAGAUGGAAAACAUUGCCUAUUUUCUGAGCGUAACAUGUAUGUUGUUAUUUGUUAUUUGGCUAUUUUUCGACUAGAAGAACUUGGAUUUCAGUUGUUCAGCAAAAUCAUUAAAUCAAUGGAUGUGGCUAAGAUAUGUAAGUUCCUUAGGUUCUUUUUCAAUAUGGUGAAUUUGCAAACAUGGAUAAAAGAUGAAUGGAGUCAGAUUUAUGAUUCGGUUUAUGUAAAUGAAAAUUGGAUUGAACCACUGGAAAAAUGGGAGCCAAAAAUACAGGAAUUGAUCAGUCAGCUGGAGAAUAUUGCAGUUAAACAUGUCACUACAACUUUAAAGAAGACUGAACCAAAUGAGUUUCAUUUGACGGUCCCUAAUCCACGAGCUAUACUGAUUCCGGAGCAAAUUCCACAACAAGAGAAAACAAAACCUAUUCCCAAGAAUACUUACAAACCUCCUAGAAUGAAGCAGCAUCUAGAAAGAAUCAAACUGAAGAAUCGCCAGCAGGCAGAGGAACUACUGCUAGAAGCAAAUAUUAAUCAAUUCAACUGUGCAGCCCCAAAGUUUGAUUACAAAUGCUCUAUGAAGGAAACCCCAAACCUUGUUGAAAAAUUUGAGGCCCAGAAGAUCAAGUUCAAGACUGACAAUACUCCUGUUAAGCUAAAUGCAGCAGCAAUCUUAAGAGAAGGUGUUCUGUACCAAAGAAAAGUGGAACAGGAGCUUAAGAGAAUCGAACAUCUUCUCCAAGGAGCACAGGAUCCAUCAAAAUUUCUGGAAUGGCAACAACAAAUGCGUGGGAAAGAUUUGGACCAACAGCUGACAGAAGCAGAAUGUAGAAAGCUACAAGGAAAGCUAAGCUAUGAGGAAGCUAUUUUGGCACGCCAAUAUUGCAUUCAGGAAAAGAAAAAAAAUGCUGAACAGAAGAGAGAAGAGACAGCAGAAAUGCGUCUCCUGUGUGCAGAAAGAUGCCUUCAAGAAAGGAAGGAAAAGGGAAAAAAGAUUCAGCAAGUGGCAGAGGGACAUAAAAAUGUGAAGCAAGCACAAAUGAAACUCCAAAAAUGCAAACAGCAAAUAGUUCAAGAGGUAUCUAAAAAAAGCCAGGAUAUACUACUUCAGGCUUUAAAAGAUGAAGAAGAGAAAUUUAAAAAAAGAUACGAACUGAUUCAGCAAAUAAGAGCUAUAGAAUAUCUGCCAUUCCUGAAAAAUAGAUUUAUUGACUUAACCAAGACAGCUAAUCAUGGUGUACUUGGUGAGAUGUCAAUUGUUGAACUUCAAGAACGUUUAGCUUUGCUGAAAGAAUCUCAGCAAAAAGCAGAAGAAGAGAAGAGGGAUCUGAUAAUCCAUGAAAAACAUGCGAAGGAACAACUUCUUUUGGAUAAAUUGGAUCAAAUCUGUAUGUUCAGAGAACAGUUUGGCAGAGCAGCUGCAUUAAAACAAGAGGAAAAGAAAACUAGGACAUCGCCUCGUGAAGCCAUUUUAAAAGAGGAACAAGUUUUAGAUCUACAGAAAAAAAUUAUGGAAAAGUCUACUGAACGUAAAAUACAAUCUGAAUAUUUAAAAACUAAAUUUCUGAAAACUAAUGAGAAAUCAAAGCAAUUUUGGAAGUUAGACAAAAAAUCUCAAGGAGAGGAUCGCUGGAAGAAAUUGGAAGAAAGUCGACAACAGCAAUUUAAAACGCUUCAGCAUGGUCUUAUGUCUAGACAUAAUGCUCAAAAAAUGAUAGCAAAUGAAGCUAUGAGAACUGGAGCCCCUGUUUGUAUAUUAAGGAAUUGUUACUAGAUAUAUUACUGCUUAUUAGACAUUUACUACUAACAUGACUCAAUUUCUGAUUUCUUGAACUACUUUAUAUAUGGCUAUUAACUGGCAGCUCUUUUUGAUUCAUAUAUGUUGGAAUUAUAUAAUGCUUUUAAAACAUUUUUAGCAGUUUUCAAAAUAAGUAUGGUAUUUUUUAAAUAAGUUAUAUUUUUCAAAUAAAUAAAAGGGAGACAAAUAAAUGCAUUUUAAUAUUUUAAAAUAGCUUUUUUCAUUUAAGCAAAGGUAUUUCAGAUGAAUUUCUCCAAUGAUUUUUACUUUAUGAGGGCCAUUAGUAUUGUAUAAUUGUAUAUAAUUCAAUAUAAUAUGCAGCUUUUGAACAUCAGAAUUUUCUACUAUUGUCCCAUCCCUCUGGAAUAUUCUCCUCUGAAAUGGGAGGACCCUGAUCUUGGCCUUUUUGUAAGACCCUGGAGGGUUGUGUUACCUGGGCCUGGGGACCCGAGUGUCUUAAGGGCCCUAUUUCCUGGGUGUAUAUAUAGGAACACUUUUAAUCAGUGCCAUUUAUAUUUAUUUUGAACUGUUUUAUUUUAUUCUUAGUUUUAAUUGUUUUUAUUGUCUUAUCUCAUGUCAGAAAUACCGGAGCUAGAAAGGGGAGGGAUAUUAUUUAAUAUUUUAAAAAUUAAAAGCUUUAAUAAAAUAUAAAGAUCUGGUGGUUAGAAUGCAAUAUUGCAGGCCAACUGCCCACAGACUGUAGUUUCAUCCUGAUGGGGCUCGAGGUUAACUCAGGCUUACAUCCUUUAGUAAAAUGAGCAUCCAGAUUGCUGGGGGCAAUAUGCUGACUUUGUGAACCGUCCAAAGACUGCUGUGAAGAACUGUGUGGUGGUAUAUGCUAUUGCUAUAAUUCUAGCUCAAUAAUGGGCCAUGUUAGUGGCAGAAACAUUUCCAGCCAGCAAGUCAUUCUGUAUGCAAAUUGGUCCCGGAGGGCACUGUAAAAAAUAGAUACUUGUUUGUAUAGUUCCACAUUCACAGUGAAUAUCUUCAUCCUCAGGGAGAAAUCUCCAUUUUCCCAUAUAAUCUUUAGUUCUAGCCAGACCAGUAUAUUUUAUUAUAUACACUGCCCAGUGUCAUUUGUUGACAUGGGGCAGCUACAGAAACCAAAUCAAUCCAUCAAUGAAACAUUUUGUUAACUUUAUAAUAUUACUCCAAAAGGGGAUAUUAAGAACAUGAUCAAAACAUGUGAGUUAAAAUGCUCAAUUUCUUCCAAUUGUAACAAAUGAUAAUCUAUCCUUUACAAAAUAUUCUACACUGUCCCAUUGAUAUUAAUAUUUUGAUGGAUUAAUUUAAAAUUUAAUUCAUAGGGCAUAAACUGUAUUUUUCAAAACAUGAAUCCAUUGAGUCCUUUGACAGGACCAGAGUUUCCAGUUCUUGAUUCUGAGCUUCUUGUUGUGCAUAUUUUAAACUAUUUAACUUUUGACAAAAUAAAUAAAUAGAUUUGGAUUCUGAAAUUAAUUCUUUAGUAUUAAUAACAUAUUGAGUGUUUUAGAAGUUGCUAAACCAUCAGAACCAUGUUGAGAGGUCAAACAUAUUUUAACUGAUAUACUGUAUCUCCAUUGUUGCAUUGAUACUGAAAAUUAUGUUAGAGUUGCUGAAAAGAUUUAAAGUAAUAAUUAAAUCAUUGUCUCUUAAAAUUAUACACUUUUGCCCCCAUGUUUUACCCCGUUAUGUUAGAGAGUUGGUUAUUCAUGUGAUUUCAUAUCAAAUUUAAACUCUCACCUAACAAGUUUGAAAUGUCUCACCACUAGCAAAGUUGGAAAUACUAAAUUAAUCCAAGUAACCUUUGUACCAUUUGCUAAGAUUUAAAUGGAUAUAUAUUUUCCAGGCUAGCAAG